AUGGCUUUCCUAGUGAAAAAUAUGUUGAGUAACCAGGUGAAAAAUCUGGGACUUUCUGGAGGGGGCGAAGAAAAGAAAGAAGAAGAAACCCCUACUGACCCAGCUACAGCAGCAGGAAUGACCCGAGAAGAAUAUGAGGAAUAUCAAAAGCAGGUGAUAGAGGAGAAGAUGGAAAGAGACGCAGCUUAUGCACAAAAGAAGGCUGGACGAGCUGUUUUGCGGGUUCACAUGCGAGAGAAAUACAGACUUCCAAAGAGUGAAUUGGAUGAGACUCAGAUUCAGUUGGCUGGAGAUGACGUGGAUUUGCCAGAAGACCUCCAGAAGAUGGUAGCAGAGGAUCAAGAAGAAGAAGAAGACAAAGAUACUUUUUUAGGACAGCUUCAGAACAUCCAGAAUAUGGACGUGGAUGCCAUCAAAGAAAAAGUCCAAGCGACUUUCACUGAUAUUAAGCAGUCAGCUGAACAAAAAUGUUCUGUAAUGUAG